AUGUUUACCGAGGUUUUUUUCACUUUUCUUCUUUCUUUUAUUCAGGCAGUUCAUUACCAUAUUUAUACAGAAAAAGUUGCCACCCCCCCCCUCGCCCAUGUAAAAUUUACCGACAAGUUAGCGGUCAGCAAAAUGCCGUUCACAGGGUCGAGAAACCUGCAGCGGUUGUCGUUGGCUAGAAAUAAUCGCGUUCCUAAUUUGUGUAAAGCGAGCCGGCACCCUCUCUCUCUCUUUCUCUCUCACACGCAAAUUUUCUCUUUUUCUCUCUCUUUCAAACUCUAUUACUCAAUCUCUCUCUCUAUAUCUGUCUCUUUCUCACUCACUUAUCUUACUCUUUCACUCUCUCUCUCUCUCUAUCUUUCUCACUCUCUUAUCUCUCUCCAUUACUUUCUUUCUUUCUUUCUUUCUCAUUCUCUUCUUGUCUUUCUUUUUUACUCUCUACCUCCACCUUUCUCUCUUUUACUCUCUUAUCUCUCUAUUUUAGUUUCACUCUCUAUGAUUCAAGUUUCCUCACUCUCUACUUGCCUCUCUCUUUUGCUCUCUCUCUCUCUCUCUCUCUAUCAUUCACACUUUCUCACUCUCUUCUUAUCUCUCUCUUUUACUCUCUCUUUCUUCCUCUCUUUCCUACUCUCUUCUUAUAUCUCUCUUUUGCUCUCUCUAUCCUUCUUAUCUCUCUCUUUUACUCUCUCUAUCUGUAUCACUCUCUUCUUAUCUAUCACUUUUACUCUCUUUCUCACUCUCUUCUUACCUUCUAUUUUACUCUCUUUAUCUGUCUAUCUCUCACUCUCUUUUACUCUCUCUCACAUUCACACUUUUAUCCUUUUCGCUAUGAAUUCAUCGCUCUGUGGGUUGGGCUUAGUGGUAAGCAGACAGGUAGCAGACUCCAAAUAG